CCGCUCCUCCUCCACCUCAACCCCCCCGGCAGCGUUCAAUCAUACCUAAAACCCUUACUCCACUUCGCGCAGAACCCCUCCCUCCUUCUUCACUAUUUUCUCCAGAAAGACCAUCUCAAACGUACAAGAGAGCUACCACUAAUCAACAAAUGGGUUCAAAAAAUAGGAAUCGGAAUAAAAGAGCUAAGCCGGGGAAUUCAGAUGAUGCUACGCUGCCUUCGAAGUCUCGGAACGGCCAUCAUCCCGGCGACAAUGAAUCCAAAAUCAUCAGUGAUCCCCGGUUCGCGUCAGUGCACUCGGACCCGCGGUUUCAGAAGGUUUCGAAGCGGGAGUCGAAGGUGGCGAUCGACGCUCGGUUCCAGCGUGCCUUCACCGACAAGCGCUUCGCUUCAUCUUCGGCUCCAUUGGACAAGCGAGGCAAGCCUAAGAAGGAGAAGAGCUCUGGAGAUUCUCUACGACACUUUUACCGGAUGGAGGAAGAUGAAGAACAGAAAGAAAGAAGAAGACAGAGGGAGGAUACGGAUAGUGAGGAGGAGGCGGAAGAGCCUGAGGAAGAGAGUGAGGAAGAGGAAUUAGGAGAAAGUGAAGGAGAAGAGGAGUCGGAGACUGAGUCAGAAGAUGAGAAAUUGGUGGCGGAAGGAGGUGAAGUGGAGUCUACUACUGAUGAAGAAGAAGAGGAUGAGGAGGUGGUUUAUGAUGAUGGAGAGCCUGAAAUACAGGAAGAGAAUAUACCUGUGAUUGAAAAAGAAACCCGAAGGCUUGCUGUUGUUAAUAUGGACUGGAGGCAUGUUAAGGCUGUGGAUUUAUAUGUAGUAUUGAGCUCAUUUCUCCCUAAAGACGGGCACAUUUUGUCAGUAUCCAUCUAUCCAUCUGAGUUCGGACUUCAGCGCAUGAAAGAGGAAGAAGUUCAAGGACCUGUUGGGUUAUUUGAUGAUGAAAAUGAGGAAAAAGAUAAAGAUGAUGACGAUGAUGAUGAAAUUGAUAAUGAGAAAUUGCGUGCUUAUGAGAGAAGUAGACUAAGAUAUUAUUAUGGUGUUGUAGAAUGUGAUUCGAGUGCAACAGCAGACUAUCUUUACAAAGCUUGUGAUGGAACUGAGUUUGAGAGAUCGUCAAAUGUGUUUGAUUUAAGAUUUAUACCUGAUUCCAUGGAAUUUAAACAUGAAGCUUGUGAUGUUGCUACAGAGGGACCUUCAAAUUAUGAGGGUUUAAAUUUUCAAACUCAAGCGCUGCAGCUAAGUAAAAUUCGACUUUCAUGGGAUGAGGAUGAGCCACAACGUGUGAAGACCUUGAAACGUACAUUCAAUGCUGAGCAGUUGGCUGAGUUGGAACUGAAAGAGUUUUUGGCUGAUGAAAGUGACAUUGAUGAUGAUGAGGAUGAAAUCACAGAGGAUCAGUUUGACGAAAAACAGAAAAAGCAGGCCACAGGAAGCCACCCUGAUGAAAAACUGAAAAAAAGAGAUAUUUAUCGUGCAUUGCUCCAGUCUGGGGAUGGUUCAGAUGAAGAAGGUAAAGAGGAUGAAGAUGAAGGCCAAGAUAUGGAGGUCACUUUCAAUACUGGGUUGGAAGAUUUAAGCAAGCGCAUUCUAGAGAAGAAGGAUAAGAAAUCAGAAACUGUUUGGGAGGCAUAUCUCAGAAAAAGACGUGAGAAGAAGGCAGCCAGAAAAAAUAAAUCCAAGUAUUCUUCAGAGGAUGAUGAGAGUAGUGACACUGAUCAAGAAGCAAUAGCAGAACAACCUGAUGACUUCUUUCUAGAAGAACCUCCCGUUAAAAGACUUAAGAAGGAUGUCCGAGGUAGGAGUGACAAAGAAGGAAAGCAGCAUCAAGAUACAGAGAAGGAAACAGAAGCAAGCAGAGCGGAGUUGGAAUUAUUACUUGCUGAUGACAAGGGGGUAGAAUCUGGUGUCAAGGGAUAUAAUCUGAAACCUAAGAAGGUCAAGGGGAAAAAGGGGAAAGAAAUUAUACAUGAGGACAAAAUACCAGCUGCGGAUUACGACGAUCCACGAUUUUCAUCUCUCUUCACUUCACCUCUCUUUGCGUUGGAUCCCACAGAUCCACAGUUCAAAAGGAGUGCAGCUUAUGCUCGGCAAGUAGCACAGAAGCAGCAGAAGAGUGACCGGCAAGAACUGGUGGGAAGUGAGCCUAAGAAGUUGCCUAAAAAAGCUCAAUUGCCUUCCGAGGAGGCUGAGAGGAGUGAAGAUAAGCACACAAAAACUGAAGCAUUACCAUCAAAGGAGAAAAUUGAGUUGUCUUCAUUAGUUAAAUCACUUAAGAUGAAGACGAAGCAAGUUCAGUUACCUUCAAAUAACGUGUCCUCCAAGAAACGAAAGAAUGCACUCUAGAUUUGCAGUGGAGAAGAAGACUUGAGUAUCCUCCGCACUAAAGAAGACAGUAACUAAGUCAAUACCAACUGAAACCAAGACAGAUAAGAUCUGCUUCCCCUGUUACAAUGUGCACUGCGCACAAAGAGGCCAUAGUCAGGCAGAGCGCGUUGGGUGGGGGAUACGUCCGGAAUGAAUUUUUUUUUAUAGAAAUAAAGGGAGCUAAAAUUUUGCCGGAAUCUGGGAUUCAAUGAUUGAGUUGGAGUACUAUUUCAGAAUGUUUUUUUUUUUUUUGUAUAAUUAAGUUCAUAGGUUUGCAUUUGCAAAAGAUACUGUGGAAUUUGGAGAGAAAAGUAUGUUUACCAUGUAAGAAUUAAUUAUAUCCAUUUUUUGUUUCCAGUGGGAGGAAUGAAAAGAGGGUCUGGAGAUGCGUA